AUGCUACACAACGCAAAAGUGCGCCUGGGGCCGUGCUGGAAGCUACUCUCGCUUGUCCUGUGCCUGGCCGCUGUCGUCCCCAUUACCCUCGCCCAGACUCCAACAAAAACAGCAGUAACUCAACCUACAACCUCAACUGGCGUAGUCGUACCCUCCUCCACACCUGUCGCCUCUCCAACCACACCUGCACCUGCACCUGCACCACUCCCUCCGGGCACCAGAGAACUCCAAGACGGACAAGUCGUCGCCGACAAGGUCGCCCAAGGUCAACUUCAGACAUACCACUUUUCAAUCAUACAAGGACAAAGCCUGCCCGUAAAGAGACAGCUCGAGCGUAUCAUCUUUCACCCUGGCAACAACAACAACCUCCAAAGCCUCCAGAAACGACAGACACCACCACCACCAACUUCUGUUAACCUUACCGCAACCACAGGAACUCCCGCUCCAACAAGGACCAUUGCCCCAACCGUACCCUCACCUGGACCUGAUGGUGAAUACCUGGUGUUUAUCUCUGUCUCGACAUGCUCCACUCCAAAGUCAGGCGACGGUCUCUGCCCUCCUCUUGAGCUCUAUGUAUCAACAUCUGCAAAUCAACCCCUCCCCGGUCCUGGACAGGCGAUCAAACCAGAGUAUAGCGAGGAAGGUCUGAUCCGAUUUACAGUCAAUACAAAGAAAGAUGUCUUUUUCAGCUUGCACGCGCCCACUCUCACUGGAACAUGGACAGGGGACUGGGCUGUUGAAGUCGGCGCAUCCACGCAAGGCUAUGUUCAGGACUACGAGACUGCACUGGGCUUGGUUCUGGAUGACACGGACAAUGUGAGCGCCAGCUUCUUGACACACAACUUUACGGCUGUCCCGACCUUCAAGGUCUUCCUCGUCAGCUCGGACACCCUCCCCAUCGGCCUAACCCGCUCACUCUGCGCCAUUGAAGUCAUCCAGCCCGCUCCUCUCACCAAAACCAACAUGAUUGUCACACAAACCAACCGCACCAGCAACCUGGAUGGAUCCAUGGGAACGGAGAUCUUGCCUGCAGAACCAACCUUUGAGAUGUUUGGCCAACGGCGACAAGUCUUUGUUCAGUCUCUCGCUCCAGGAACCAACUACACAGCGUUCUUUAUCACGGAUGUCCUGAACCAUGCCGGAGCCGAGGUCAUGUUUGCGAUGACGACGUUUACAACCAAGAGGCACGACAACUGUGUGCUGAUUACAGACUUGCAGUUCUGUCAGGAGGUUGCCUAUUCGGUUCCCAUCACGCCUCAGUCGACCCUGGUAGGAGGAGUCAACUCGACGGCUAGACUGGAUAUCAAGAACUUUUACGACAAUUUUACCAGUAACUUGAUGGAUAACUUUGAUCGUGUGCUGGAGCAGUACGAUUGUUCGAGGUCGCAGUAUUCGCUGAUCAGGAAUUGUACAGACUGUUCGCGGGCGUAUCGUCGGUGGCUCUGUAGUAUCUCGAUCCCGCGGUGCACGGAUGUGGAAGAUGUGACGGAUGUACGGAAUCUUGGAUAUGCGCCAACACCGUUGCCGAAUCCGGAUACGGUCGAGAACCCUUAUUUGAUUGACAGGACGAGUGGACCAGUUGUUGUUGAGCGAAUGACGAACACGUCGAGGGGGGCGAUUUCGCAGUUGUUGCAGAAUCCGUUGAUGGACCCAGGGGAGUACGGAGAGGUGUUGCCGUGUAUUGAUCUAUGCUUUGAUGUGGUACAGAGCUGCCCCAACUUUUUGGGAUUUGACUGUCCGGUGAAGAACAUGGGCGGGAACUAUGCGAGGAUGAACGCGCAAGGGUUCCAAUGCAAUGGGCUUGGCGUUGUGCCUGUACCUUCAGCAGCGAGUCGAGUGCUGCAGCAAUUGAAGGGACUUGUGUUCCUUUUGGUGUUUGUUAGUACGAUUGGCGUUGCUGUCUUUUAA